CUUUGCCUUCUCUCUCUGUCUAGCACUCCCUCAACUUCUCACCUCCCAACCCCACCCACCCCCACAAUGCGUCUCACUAUCCGCGACACCAAGACCGAGGUCGGCCACUACAUUGGCGACUACAUCGCGCGCCGCAUCAACACGUUUGUCGCCACGCCCGGCCACCCCAACUUUGUGCUCGGGUGCCCUACGGGUUCGUCCCCUCUGCCCGUGUAUGCGCGUCUCGUCGAGCUGUACAAGGCGGGCAAGGUGUCGUUCAAGAACGUCGUCACCUUCAACAUGGACGAGUACGUCGGCAUCCCCCGCGACCACCCCGAGUCGUACCACACCUUCAUGUUCAAGAACUUUUUCUCGCUCAUUGACAUUGACCCCAAGAACACCAACCUCCUCAACGGCAACGCCGAGGACCUGUACCACGAGUGCGAGGCGUACGAGGCCAAGAUCCUCGAGGUGGGCGGCAUCGACUUGUUCCUCGGCGGCAUCGGCGCAGACGGACACAUUGCGUUCAACGAGCCCGGCAGCAGCUUGAAGUCGCGCACGCGCAUCAAGACGCUGGCGUACGAGACCAUCCUCGACAACUGCCGCUUCUUCAACAACGACCUGGCGGCGGUCCCGCGCAUGGCGCUCACCGUCGGCGUGCAGACCGUCAUGGACGCCAAGGAGGUCGUGCUCGUCGUCACGGGCCAGAACAAGGCCCUCGCGCUCUCCCAGAUGAUCGAGGGCGGCGUCAACCACAUGGUCACGGCGUCCGCGCUCCAGUCGCACCCCUGGGCCCUGGUCGUGUGCGACGAGGACGCCACCUCCGAGCUCCGUGUCAAGACGGUCAAGUACUUCAAGUCGAUCGAAAAGGUCCAGGACGAGGUCGAGGCAAAGUACGGCGAGGUCGCCUCGGUCCGUCUCGGCCUCAGCCGCGUCACGGCUGCCUAAGUAAGGCACAGGCAGGCGGGCCGCCGGGGCUGGGGACUACGGGCCAGUGUAAAUGUAUCAUUGAGGCGCUUGGGCUUUCGUACAGUAUGCAGAUGAUGUGUUUCGUGCG